CGCAGAACACUGCACGAAAGAUGCGGCGGUUAGCCAGCUUGCUAGGUUGCCGGGAAGCCGAAAUCGCUACAUCUUCCUCUUCAGAAGAGCGGGAGAUUCCUGAGGACGAGCUAAUUCUGAGUCAAGCCAUACUUCCAAAGCGUACCUCGAAGCAAGCCUCACGGUCAGCUUACCAGUUGAAGCCAAGGGGCAAGGGUCCAAACCGGUACACUCCGGAAGAUUAUGUCAACCGAGGAAAGAAGGUUGUCACUGAGGAGGACGAGGGGCCGCGGCGGAGAUCAGCUUUGUCGAAGAUGAGGAACGACGAGCCGUUCUCUUCAGAGGAGGAGGAGGAGGAUGAGGAGGAGGAGGAGGAGGAGGAGGAGGAGGAGUAGGAGCAGGAGCAGCAGCAGGAGCAGCAGCAGGAGCAGCCACGGCAGCGGACGAAGAGGAUGGCCGUCCGGAAGCAACCCGCGAGGACGGCACGUCGAGGACGCUACUAGGAUGUGCCCACGUGUUGUUGUGAACUCUAUAUUCAUAAGUAUCGAUUUGUGAACCCUAUGUCAUGUCGAACCAUGGUCCGUAAUGCUACUUGUUGUUUCAAUCUACGUGCUCCAAUGUGACCUAUGAAGUGUUAUAUGUGUAUGUCAUGAAAUUGCUACUUGUUGUGUCCAAUGUUGUACUCGUAACUGUUGGAGUUUGGUAGGA